AUGUCGAAACCCUACCGCUUCCUACCCUCUCAGCAAGAGAUUCAGGCCUGUUGGGAGCUGGGACGUUUCCAUAACAACAUCGGUUUCUGGGUUGUAUGGCUGCCUACUGUCUGGUCAUUGGCAAUGGUAUAUCAUGCAAAUCGCAACAUUACCUUCAUUGAUGUGCUGUGGCGUGCUAUCGCCUAUAUUCCUAUGUGUUUUGGUGUAAAAUCUCUGAUAAUGACCGUUGACGAUUUAUUGGAUAAUGAUGUCGAUUUACUAGUAGAGCGGACCAAGAAUCGCGCAAUUCCUCGUGGGGCGAUCACAAUUUCACGAGCAUGGAUGUUCUUUGCCCUUCAGGCUGUGAUAGGAAUAUGCUGGGCAUUCAAAGCUCUAAGUCCGACCGCGUUGCGGACCUCUAUGCUCGUAUGGCCACUCUAUGUGAUUUAUCCGACCUGUAAACGAUGGACAUACUGUGCUCCUAUUCCGCUAGGCCUCAUGUUUAACGUAGGUAUAUUCAUGGGUUGGAGCGAUCUCAGUGAAAAUGACAUUCACUGGGCUACUCUGGUGCCCUUGUACCUUGGAUCGACUCUAUGGACUAUCUGUUACGAGACGAUCUACCAACACCAGGACAGAGAUGAUGAUAUCAAGAUCGGAAUCUAUUCCAUGGCACUUCUUUUCGGACGGGCCACAAUACCAAUCUGCGGCGCGGCUGCCGCCGGAUUCUUUUCGUUGUUCUGCUAUAGUGCAUUCCUGAAUUCGCACGGAUAUGCAUUCUUCCUGAGCGUCGCAGUUGCGGCCACCGUGACUGCGGUGCGCUUAUUACGUACAGACAUUGACGUUCCACAGGAUUGUAGAGAUUUUUUUCUCGGGAGUACGCACGUCAGUUGUAUUCUCGCAUGCGGGUUGGUUGUCGAUGGCGUCGUUGCGCGGCUGAUGUCAGGAGGAUCCAUUUGA